AGCCACUUUGGCUCGAGUCUCAGCCUGCCGCUCGGGAGCCACCCCCCCGCGACGGACAGGACAGCCACCUCCCUCCCGAGCGCCAAUGCAGCCGAUGCAGCUGCCCGCCAAGAUGGAGACCGUGGUAGUGAAGAACACCUUCCUGGAGAUCUCGGACGGCAGCCCGCUCGCUUGGUCCCGCCAGAUGUCCGAGCCGGUGAAGAAAGUGAGCUGCUGGAGCCGCCAGAUCAGCGUCCAGUCGCAGGCCACCGCCUCCGACUGGGACGAGUGGGACGAGGAGCGCACCACAGCUGGCGGCAGGUCCACCCCGAAGUCCGGCUGCGCCUCGGCGUCGUCGUCGAGCCACCGCGCCUCCGACCUCGCCCCGGAGCGGCCGCCGCUCGCGCCGCCGGAGCAGCAGCCGCCGCUGCGCCACGAGGGGCCCCCGGCUGGCCUCUCGGCGAACACGGUGACUGUGCGCAACGUGCCCGCGGGGUACACGAAGCAGGCGGUCGUCGCCGAGCUCCAGGACGCGGGCUUCAGGCACGGGCGCGACUUCGACUUCCUGUACGUGCCGAGGGCUGCAGGCGACAGCACCACGAGCUGCUUUGUCAACUUCACCAGUGCGGCGGUGAUGCACGCGUUUUGUGCGGCCUUCCACGGCAGGACGACGACGAUGCGGCAGUUCCCUGGCAGCGGGCCCGUGCACGUCACUGCCACGACACCAGAGGACUUGUGGCUGCUCGGCGGCGGUCCGGCCCUGGGUCCUGGUCAUUCGCGCGGCGCGGCGGCACCUCAGGGGGUCCCACCGGCCCCGGCCGUGGCGCAGCGGCCCGUGCAGAUCUCGCUGAUGGCAGUGAUGCCGCCCGCACCGCCGCCUCAGGCCUGGGGCCAGCCGCGCGCCGCGCCGGCGCCGCCAGCGGGUCGGCUCGGCCAGCAGCCCACGGCGCACGCGGUGGUCUUCUGCCCCCAGUGCGGCACCAAAGGCGAGGGCAAGUUCCGCUUCUGCUCCCAGUGCGGCUUCUGCAUCGAGCGCCUGCGCCUGGCCACCGCGCAGUAGGGGCGCCCCCGCGCCCGCGGCAGCGCCGCAGCUCGGCGGGCUGCUGGGCGGGCGGCGAGCAAGCACCCCGUGCUUGUGCACACGAUAACGCAGGAGGUGCGGCGGAGACUCGCCGCCAGGCGCGGCGCCCCCGCGCCGCAGCACACCUAGGGGACGGCGGGCGGGGCGGCACGAUCGGCGGCCGGUCGGCGCGCCGUCCUGCUGCCGGUCGGCAGAGGUGCCGCGCUACCUUGCCUUACCAACUCGCGACCUGGCCACCGUCGUGCAGGCGUACCGUUGGCAUCCUCCCACUCACCUUCUCUGCGAUCUGGGCCGCCCCCGCUGCUCAGCAAACAGCCGCGCCGUGCACGGCGUCGGCGAGGCGCUUGCCGCCCCGCCCGUGGCCAGGUGGCCAGAAUCGGGAGCCCGCUCCCUGGCGGCACCCGGUGCCAUCUCUGCGGAGGCAGUGAGGGGCGAGGGCAGCGAGGGCUCGAGGGGGACACGCCCGAAUUAACACGAGAGGCGACAAGCCCCUCUCUUCUGGAGCUGCGCCCGGAUCUCCUGGAUCGGCGGUGGGCCCCUCCUGGCUGCGCCUCUGGCGGCGCCCACGGCGCCGCCCAUGGCGCGCUCCGCUCGCCCGGGG